AUGAAUGGUUCAGGUCCAAGAGAAGAAGGAGGAUCUAUGAAGCCGAUGAUUCUGAGAGUUGGUGUUGCUCUUUUCCUGUCAGCAACUGGUUUGAUCUUGGCCAGGUUCGUGUAUCGGAAAGAAGAUAAUGAAGUAACUUCUUCCACAAGCAAUCGAGAGUCUUCUUCAUCACCUAGUAGAAGAAAUGAUGGAGAGGAAGAAGAAGAAACGGAGAGCGUAGAUCAUAAAAAAGAAGAGAUACUCAGAUUAAAAUCCAGAUUCGAGGAGCUUCAGAGGAAAGAAUACGAGAUGGAGUUGCGUUUCGAACGGUAUUGUAACUUGAAAGAUCAAGAAGUCAUGCUUAUGGAUCAUAAAAGCAUGCUAAGUCUUGAGAAAUCUCAACUAGAUUUCUUCCGUAGAGAAGUAUCGGCGAUGCAAGAAGAACAAAAGAGAGGUCAAGAUUUGUUGAUCGUGUAUCUUAAACUGGUGGGAGAAAUCCAAGGGUUGAGAUCAGAGAAUGGGUUGCUUGAGGGAAAAGCAAAGAAGCUCAGGAGAAGAACAAAACAGUUAUACCGCCUUGUGAACGACAAGAACAGGAGGGUUAAUAGCGUGGAGAAAGAGUUCUUGAGAUGUUUUGAUGAAUUGGAGACGAAGAAUAACAUUGUGAAGGAACUUGAAGGUGAAGUUAACGUUCUGAAAGCCAACGUUGAUGUGUUGCAAGAGGAAAAGGAAGAUGUAUCUUGGAAGUUAUCAUCAAAUUCCACAUCAGAGAUGGUGAGUGUAGAAGAUUAUAGAAGGGUAUUAGAAGAGUAUGAGGAUUUAAAGAAGGAUUUUGCUAAUGGAGUUAAGGAAAUGAUUAACCUAAAAUGGAGAAAUGCUUGUUUGAGGCACGAGGUGAUGAGAAAGGGAACCAAUUAUGAGGAAGUCACGUUUUCUCCAAAUCGAAACUUGCAAGAGUUGGUUUUUGAGGAUCAAGUUGAUGAUCUAGCAUUGACAGUAGUUGAUGAGCAUCAUCAUGAGGAGAACCAACUCCAUCAGAAUCAUGAUGAUCAUCAUCAUCAUGAAACUUCGAGGAGGAAGAGGCUGAUGAAGAAGCUGAAAAGAUGGGUGGAAGGAAAUGAGAAGGGAAAUUUAACAAAACCAGAGGAAAGAUGUUUCGGAUGGCACUCUUUGACGGUGGAGCCUGAAGAAGAACGCAUGUUUCAUUCAAGAAGAUCUUGUUCUAGCGUCUAA